AUGAGUGACAAACGUUUUAAAAAAAAAAACUUUUUCUCUCUCUCUCGCCUUAUUUCUCCCCUCCCCCUCUUUCUAUCUCAUCCUCUUUCUUUCCACCCACACAAUAUGAAAUUUGGUAAGGGCUUUUUCCCUUCAUCUUCCUUCUCUCCAACGGAGUUUUCAGUAGUGGGUGGCCGCAAAGAGAAAAUAAAAUCUAAGUUAGUGGAUCCCCGCCCUCGCAGUCACUUUCUCCAAAAAAAUAGCAUAAAUUUUUUUACCUCUUUCUCUUUUUUUCUCUCUCUUUCUCUCUCUCUCUCUCUCUCUUUCGUUCUCUUUUCUCUUUCUUUACCUCACCUUUUCUUCUUUUUCUCUUGCCUCCACUCUGUUUACAUUUCUAUUUCCCUCUUCGUUUCUCUCUUUCUCUCUGCUUGUUUCUUGCUCUUUUCCACUUUAUUUUUUCUUUCCUUUUCCUCUUUCCUUGUUCUUUCUUUCCUUUUUCUCUUGUUCUUUUCCUCUCGUUCUUUUCCUUCCUUUUCCUCUCGUUCUUUUCCUUCCUUUUCCUCUUGUUCUUUUCCUUCUGUCUCUUGCCGUUCUUCUCUCUUAAUCAUAUCUCUUUUCUACUCUUUCUAUCUCUCCAUCUCUUCUUGUUUCUCUCUUUGA